UUGCAUUCUAUUUGCCUAAAAUUAAAAGUAUUUAUUGCGAAAAGUCAAUUUUCUAAAUCUGUAGGCAAUGAAACAACCUCAAAAAAACCUUCAGAACCAUCGCUAUGGUCUCUGGUUUCGGCGGCAUCAACUUCAACUUCCUCGUUCUAUCCAGCAUGUGCUUCGCUGCCAGCAUCUAAACCCUAUUCACAAAGUACUUCAAUUGGAAGUAGAGUGCAGCAGCAACAAGAAGUAUCAAUCAACUUAGGCAAAGAGAAUGAGGAAGAUAAUGAGACCGAAAAAGCGCAAACUAUUGAAACUUCAAGCUUAGCGAAAGGGAGUACCGGAAGUUUGACACAGAAUGAACCAGCAUCAACGGAAAACUCGCGUUCUUUAUUAGAAGAAAACUGUAUGCUCAUCAAUAAGGUUGAUGAGAAUGACAGAAGCGAAGAAAAUGUUUUGAGACUUAUGAGGCGUGUCGCCGAACUUGAGGCUAAAAAUGAGGAGCAGAGAAAAACCAUCACUAAAUUGAAGGAGGAUAAUUUGAAUCAGAGGUUAGCGGUAACGGACGGCAGUAAGGAGCGAGAAAAUUUGUUGAUACGCAACGCAUCUUUAUGUCAUCAGUUAGAGUAUGAAAAACGCGAAUGGUCGAUUGAAAGAGAACAAUUGGCGAUGCAGUUGGACGAUGUGACACGUGAAUUGGAAUUACAAAAGAUGCUUUUGAACAGUGAAAGUAUUUCACAGAUAGUUCAAAGGUGGGAGGACAAGGUGUUCGAUCUGCAGGGUAUGAUUUAUGAUAGGGAUCGUGCAAUACGAGCACAGCAACAACGUAUCAGUGAACUUGUCAAAAAUUCGCACAUCGUAAACGACACUUUAUUGUCAUCUGUAUUUGCUAGCAUUAAAGGGGCUAUUUUACAACUGUUCGCCACACGAAAUCUACGAAGUUUAGACCAGUCGAUCAAAACUUUAGCAACUGCUUUACAGUUGACCAGCGAAGAAGAGGCAAUGCUAAAAAAAGGUGUUAAUGUUCACUAA